GAAAAAACUCAGUGUCCAGACCCUAGACUGGUAAAGAGUACACACUGAUAGACUGCCAGAUUGUGCAUUUAGAGGGCAGCUCGUGACAUAUUGUGGAUUGUUUGUUUAAUAUAUCCCUGAAAAUAUCAUACAUCAUGCAGGAUACCAAACAAGUGCUCCAGAUCUUUCGUUGCGCUGUGUGGCUCAAGGCUUCAGUUUGAAUUGCUGAGGACAUGAACUGUUUAACCAGUGCAGGAGUUAGGCUGCAGAAGAUCUUCUGAAAAGGCUAUUUCAAGGGUUAGACCUCUGGGGAUUUCAAGAACACACUUAGGCUCGUAAAGACUUUGGAUGGGAUACAUACAGCUAGGUGUCUAAAACAGAUUGAGAACCAUCGGAUGCCCAAAUCCUCCGGUGUACCAUUGCCUUCAGGCCCAAUGAUUAUUCCGACCAGUGCCCCCGACAAAUCCCUCAAUGCAGUCUGGCUAAAGGACAGCGAGCUGGAGCCACGUCGAAUUGAGUCAAGAGAGGGUGCCGCACGGUUGCAAAGAGCCAUGUCUCGCCUUCAGGAGUCAGGCUGGUACUGGGGCCCCCUGACAGCUGCUCAGGCUAAGCAGGUUCUGAUUGAUGCUCCAGAGGGGACUUUCCUUUUGCGGGACAGCUCCUACCAGGGAUACCUCCUCACCCUGUCUGUGAAGACCAGCCUUGGCCCCACACACCUCCGUAUAGAGCACGCCACUGGCAUGUUUGGCUUCGACUCUGUAAUUGUGGCACGGCCACGACUGCGGCGGUUUGAGGGUGCUGUAGAUCUGGUGCAGCACUAUGCCCUGACUUACAAGCAUCUGGCCACUCAAACUGACACAGGGGCGGGUAACCCUUCGGUCCCUACAGAGAAAACUCUGCAGCUCAAACUCACCCGGCCCCUCCAUAAAGUCUCCCCUAGUCUCCAGCACCUUUGCCGCAUCACUAUCAACCAGCAUUCUCGCUGUCACCAGGACUUGCCCUUGCCUAGGCGGCUACGGGACUUUUUGCUGGAAUACCCUUUUGUGUUGUAGGAAAUGUUAAUCAGAUUUUUUGAUACUAUUGAAUUGUACUGUUAAAUCUGACAAUUUCGAUCAAUGUCCUAAUAUAGUGCUGAAAAUGCCCCCUGUUUUCAUGUGUGACAGUAGCCAAAUUAACUCCAUUAAUAUUGUUGUUCUUUUUUAUGAUGAUCACUGAUCUAUGUCUCAAGGUCGGGGGAAUUGGCCAAUUGAAACAAUAUAAGAAUGCAAUGCGAGAGAGUGUGGCAUGUUUUCUCUUUUUUUGUGGUUAUACUUUGGUUAAGUUGUUUAACAGGGAGCAUUAAAAUCUUGUAUUGGUAAAAAAAAAAAUCACUGUCUCUGUUUGUUUAUAAUUUUGGACUUGAGGGAAUAUGAUUAAAUAUAGAAUUGUUGUUUUCAGUCAUUAGACUGAAUACGUUCCAGAACAUAUUAGUUACUAUAAGCCUCCUAUGGGAGGCUACAAUAAACCCAAAUGAACCUAGAAGAUAUGCAAAAUGAAUGGACCAUUAUUUGUGUUUCCAUGAAAUGUUCUGCUUUUUAAAUGUGAAAAUCAAGUAUAAGCCUUAUCUACUGAUUUUGCCACAGAGCAAUUCCAUGUUUUUAGAUAAA